AUUUCAGUUCUUGCACAAAGAGGCUACUUCAAAGACAAAGCUUUUGUAAAUUAUCUUAAAUAUUUACUUUAUUGGAAAGAACCUGAAUAUGCAAAAUACCUGAAGUAUCCUCAAUGUUUGCAUAUGUUAGAGCUGCUCCAAUAUGAACAUUUCCGCAAAGAACUGGUAAAUGCUCAGUGUGCUAAAUUUAUUGAUGAGCAACAGAUUCUUCACUGGCAGCACUAUUCACGGAAAAGAAUGCGCCUCCAGCAAGCACUUGCAGAGCAGCAGCAACAAAACAACACCUCUGUAAAAUGA